AUGUUAAAUCCAAUAUCAAGCCAGAUAGAUCUCUGGGCUGAAGCCAUUGGGCUUGAUGAAGCUACAAUGAAACUGGCUAUAUGUCUAUUUGGAUCAUUUCCCUUGAAUGCCAUCUUGAAAAGAUUGCCAGAUAACAACAUAAGACUGAAGAAUAUCUACAUCAUCUCAAUUUCUGGAUUCUACUUAUUUGGUAUCAUGUCUCUGUUUAGUGGGUUCCGGACCUUGUUUAUUAGUACAAUGUUUACAUACUUGUGUACUAAAUAUUUGAAAUCAGACUUUAUGCCAUUUAUCAACUUUGCAUUCGUUAUGGGUCAUUUGGCUAUGAAUCACUUCUACUUGCAAUUUUAUAAUGAAUAUGAUUCUACAAAGAUUGAUAUCACUGGUGCUCAGAUGGUAUUAUGUAUGAAAUUGACUGGUUUUGCUUGGAACGUCCAAGAUGGUAGAAAACCGGAAUCAGAAUUAUCAACAUUUCAAAAGAAUAAAGCUAUUAAGAGUCAUCCGCCAUUGCUAAACUUUUUGAGUUUUUCAUUCUUUUAUCCAUCUUUAUUAACAGGUCCUUCUUUUGAUUAUAUUGAUUAUGAAAGUUGGUUGAACUCCAAGAUGUUUACAGACUUGCCAGAGAGUAAAAAACCAGGAAAGAAGAGAAAGAGAAAUAUUCCAAAAUCAGGUAAAGUUUCAUUUUACCGCUCCUUGCAAGCUGUUGGAUGGUUAUUAUUAUGGCAAAAAAGUGGUGAAUACUUUUCCGUUGAAACCACAUUCACUCCUUGGUAUACAAAUAAGAACUUUUUGUUCAAACUUUGGUAUUUGUACGUUUUAGCAUUCACUUACAGAUUGAAGUAUUAUGCUGCAUGGACACUUUCCGAAGCUUCAUGUAUUUUAGCUGGUUUAGGUUAUAAUGGUUAUGACAAAGAGACUAAAACUAUCAGAUGGGAUAGAGUUCAAAAUAUUGAUAUUUUCGCUUUUGAAAGCGCUCAAAAUAUUCAUGGUGCUUUAGAAGCUUGGAAUCAAAACACAAACAAAUGGUUGAAAAAUUAUGUUUAUUUGAGAGUUUCCAAAAAGGGUAAAAAACCUGGUUUCAAGAGUACGUUAUUCACAUUUUUAACUUCAGCAUUCUGGCAUGGUACCAGACCAGGUUAUUAUUUGAGUUUUGCAACUGGUGCCUUGUUACAAACUUGUGGGAAAGUUUACAGACGUAAUUUCAGACCUAUUUUCAUUGAAAAUGAUGGGGUCACUCCAAAAAGAACCAAAAUGUUUUAUGACAUUGUUUGUUAUAUUGUCACACAAUCAGCUUUGGCUUAUUUAGUCCAGCCAUUUGUUAUCCUAGACUUCAAGCCAUCAUUAGAAGAAUGGAAAACUGUUUACUUUUAUUGUCACGUUGGUAUUGGGCUAACUUUAUUCUUGUUCCAAGGUCCUUUCAGCGCUCAAGUCACAGCUUUCUUUAAACAAUACCACCCAGUUAAACCAAAAGAACCAAGACUCACAGAUAUCAUAAAGGAUAAACAAGAUUAUGAAUCUUCUGAAAACAUGCAUUUGGGUAUCCCAUCUGCAGACUUUGAAAAAGCAGACUUGAAUAAAAUUGUUGAAGAACUUGAAGAUUUCAAAAAAGAUGUCAAAGAUUGGCAACAACAAAAUGGGUUAAAGACCGAAGAAAAGGCAAUUAAAGAAGCUUAUAAUGAAUUCUCAAAAGAUCUUGAAACCUUGAAACAGAAAGGUCCAAACUUUAAAAAGAAUAAUAAAGAUGAAUAA